AUGUCAAAUUCGCCGUCCGUUCCCGAAGAGAUCUUGCCUAAUCGCGUGGUGACACCUGCGGCGCCUGCCCAACAUGAUUGCUCAGCCAUCCCUGGGGCCAGCCCACGUCACCACUCGCGGCAGGCCCAGAUGUCCCAGACCUCCCAAGAGGUUUCAUCACCUUCACGGGCGGAAUCCCCAACGGCCCAUCCCUGGUCUCAACCCAGGUUCUCCCUCAAAAGGACAGUAACCGCGCCGUCGGAGAACACCGCCAGCCCGGAUAUUGUCCAUAGACCCCAGCUGUCGGAGCGCGACAGCAUUUUCGCAACCCAUUACCUCCCCUCAGAUAGCGGCGCAAAUACCCCACAGCUACCCCCGGAGAGGACCUUGGACAAUGAGCGUCAGGUCAACUUGAUUCCUAGCCUCGAUGAUGCUCCCGUGUCUCCAUGUGCAUUCCCCAAGGUCUCUCCCCACCGUUUCAACGUCGACCCUUCCCACAUGGAAGUUGACGUCCACAGAAAUUCUCCACUGCGCUCCUCCACCCUCUUCUCCUCCGAUGCCCCCCGCUUGUCCCUCCUGCGCGCGUCGACCUCGCCGACUGAUCACUUCAAGAAACCACAGGCAGAGGCGAGCGUGCAGGCCCCUUGGGCCAGAUCUCAGUGGCACAAAGUGCCAUUGGAUGGACCAGGUACGAAUACCAAUCACUUGCAAGGCACUUUGCCUGAACGAACUGUCUUCCCUCCUGCAGUAGAUGAUGUCUCUUCUACCCCGCACUCGUUAGGUGCGCUGUCCGGCCAAGGCACUCAGGUCAGUCCAGAAUUCGCAUCUGCAUCUUACAGUCCUCGGAAAGAAGCAUCCACGAAUCCCCUCGAACGAAGCCCAAGUAGAGGGCGGCGUGGCCGAGUGGACAGCUCCAUUGAAGCCAACCUGACCAACGCGGAGCCGGCUUCUAACGUGCGCAGCCGUAAAUCCAGCCACUACCUGGGUCUGUUCAAGGAGAACACAACCUCGCCAGACCGCAAGCGCCGGGAAGGUCGGGAUAGGGAUCGGGAUCGAGCCCAGGAUGAGACGGCAGGACUGCAGGAUAACGUCAUGGAUUUGGAACAACAGUCCCGGGGCUGGCCAGAGGAGGACGCUUUGCUCCGUAAAAGCACCUCCCUUCCUUCCCUCGAGGAUGGUCCAUCUCUUGAACUUCCGGUGGGAGUCCCUCGCAAUCAAUCACACGAUGAACCCCACAAGCGCCCCCCUCCAGCGUUGCCUCGCAGCCUGCUGGAGGAAAUCCGAAACUUCCACCUAACGCCUGGAGGACGCCAUGGCUCGUCGUUCUCCAAGAGCAUUCCAACGCAGUAUUCGGAGCGGAAACGUGACUAUUUCCAGAAAGAAUCUCACGUGCCACUCUCCCCUGCCGACUCAUUUGAGCAGGAUGAGCGUCGUGAGUCCCAACAGUUUGUCGUCGAGGAAGAAGAAAACGAGCAAAUUUCUUCGGCCGUUUACUUCCCCCACGAGCGCACCGUACCAGACGGGGUCGAUGGUGUACAGCAAUAUCCAGAGGGCCCCCAUGAUGUACAGCCGGUUCAAUUGACGGUUCCUGAAAAAGGCCAAGAGCUGAUGUUAGUACCCCAAGAGCGUAAUUCUCAUUCUCCCGAAAAGGAAAUCAGCCAUGUGGAUAUAUCCCUGCGAUCUAAGAAUGAAAAUAAGACCCUCUACGGAGAUAUUCAUUCUCCCCGAGAGAACGUGCCUGACAAGCCCUUGAGUACUAUCUCCGAAAUCAGCUGGGAUUCAGCACAUGAGUCCGAGCCUGGAUACGAAAGCCACGAUCUCAGUGAGGAUGGUCUAUUUGAUGACUCCAAGACCCCGACGGCCACGCCAAAACCGCGACCUCGGAUUCUUUCUCAUUCCAAAUCCCCGGGGCCUCUUGGUGCUGUGGAACUGAAGCCUUACCGACACCAAGUUGGUGGUCAUACCACGGUGUUUCGAUUCUCCAGGCGAGCUGUCUGCAAGCAACUCAAUAACCGAGAGAAUGAGUUCUACGAGCGCAUUGAACAAAGACACCCGGAGAUGCUGGUAUUCCUCCCUAAAUACAUUGGUGUGUUGAAUGUCACAUUCUCGAAGACAUCAAAGCGACCGAAGGAUCAGCUUGAUUCUGCCGAUGGUAGAGUUCAAGAUGUGACCACCUCAAAUGGAAAUGGAACAUCCGCUCUUAGCUCCCAGCUACAGGAGAUAUCAGAGCCUCAGCGAAUCGUAAGCCACUCGCAGACCACUGGUGUUAUUCCGAAGGUCAUCCUUGAGAACAACCGUCACAUAAUUCCUGCCGACCUGUUCUCCCGACCUCAACGGCCAAGAACAGCAGAUGCGUCAGUGAGCCGUGCACGGUCUGUUGAUGGCCUAGAGGGGAUGUCGGCCGAGUCCGAUCCGUCGGCACUCAGCAAGCGGGCCAAGAUCUGGGGUGCCACAACUGUCAACCGCAAGCUUCAAGAGCAGGUUUUGCGUGAGGUCUUCAGCCCCCCUGCCAUUCACCAUCACCGCAGACAUGCCCGCGGGCAUGUUCACCUACCAAGAGCAAAUUCCGACAUGCCUGCCACCUGCCGACGUCGAGGCAACUUGUCGGAGGAUCAAACCAGUACUCGACGACCAGUUCCGGGACCAAUCGAAGCCCUCAAAACAGAAGCGAUUGAUAUCAAGCAACCCCCCGGGGAAGGCCCAGCUCUUUCCUCGUCAGCUUCGACUGCUCUUGAUGCCAAUCAGAAUCGCCUUGAGCAGAUUCGAAUUGAAGACGACGAGAACCGGUCAAGCUCUCUUUCGAGGGCGGUCCACCCAAGGAGGCGACAUUCUGGAAGUGGUCUCCAAAGACGCGGUAGCAUGGACUCUCGCAAAAAUGGAGAGUUGAUAUUCUUUGACGAUGAAGAGUAUGGUGGGGACAAGGAAGAUGAAAUAUUCUCCAUGGAAGCCGAUGCUUCUAUGCCCUCUCAAGCCUCUCCUCUCGCCAACCAGUCGAGUUCGCAGAUGUCAGAAAGUUACUCGGGUGCUAGCCAAUAUUUGACCGAAGCUUUCUCUUCCAAUGGACGAGAUCCAUCCCGGUUCCAGCCGACGGAGCCCAUUCACCCAAUCUUACCCAGUAAUCCCAAAGAAGCUCAGCUCAGGAAGGACGAAAGAGUUCAAUUUUUCCUUCUUCUUGAGGACUUGACUGCCGGUAUGAACAAACCGUGUGUGCUGGACUUGAAGAUGGGUACUCGGCAGUACGGUAUUGAGGCGAACGAGAAGAAGAAGAAAUCGCAGCGCCGGAAAUGCCAGUCCACCACCUCGCAGCAAUUAGGUGUGAGGCUUUGUGGCAUGCAAGCCUGGAAUGUCAAGAAGCAGGAGUACAUCUUCGAGGACAAGUAUUUUGGUCGAGAUCUGAAGUCUGGUCGCGAGUUUCAAGACGCGCUGACUCGUUUUCUCUAUGAUGGAGUUAGCUAUACCAGCGUAGCCAAGCGAAUCCCCGUCAUUUUGGAGAAGCUUGCUUUGCUGGAGCACAUGAUUCGACAGCUGGAUCGUUACCGCCUCUAUGCCAGCAGUCUCUUGAUCCUCUAUGACGGAGAGCAACAAAGCCCUCCCCAACAAGGCCCACCUCGUUCCACCAAAGAACGGGUACCGCUGAAGCGAACUCUUUCCGACGACGGUGCCAACAAGUUCGACGUGCAACUGAAGAUCGUCGACUUCGCCAACUGCGUCACAGGCGAGGACACCCUCCCACCCGACACCCCCUGCCCACCCCACAACCCCUACGACAUCGACCGGGGAUACCUGCGCGGCCUCCGCACACUUCGAAUGUAUUUCCAACGGAUCAUGAAAGAAGUCACCCAGGACGAGUUCAUUGAACGAGGCGAAGGCGAAGCCAUCGCGCUGGGCUCCCAGCCCGCUGCGCGCGAUGACCCCUCGGACCAAUACUGGGAUGAAACCAUGAUGGAAAGUGAUGCGGGCGCCGUCAGUUUCUAG